UGUGCGUGUGUGAAUCCGUCCCCUCAGGACCUUAAAUAGCAAAGCACUGAGGUGAGGGGGGAGGGGAAGUCAGAAGCACAGGCAUGGAAACGUGCAGAUCCUGUUACAGGAUCAUAAUAUCACUGAUGAUUCAGCGCACACUAGCUUGCUCGUUCGCUCAUUCACUUGCUCGUGCACCACUUUUUUGCACACUCACAUGCUUGCUCAUUCAUUUGUCCUGUAGAUCUUUCAUUCGUUCAUGCAUGCAAUCACUCACUCAUUCACUUGUUCAUUUUGUUUACAGAAAGUUCUUCCCUGCUUCUUUAUGAACACAUUUAUAUGUAGUCAUUCGUACUAUCAUGAAGGAACUGCACAAACAUUUUGAGAUUCACAAUAAAUUGUACAAAGAUAAAUGCAAAGUGUCAUCCUAGAUACUUUCAGAAGAGUUUUUAACCUUUGCAGAUGGAGUGGAAGGAGAAACUCAGCACAAUGAAGCAUUGAGAUGAGCAUGCUCUUCACACAUUUUAUCAAUGUAGUCUGGUCCUUCACUUGAAAUUUCUCUUGUGUGAGGCUAAGUAUACAUUUUGCAGGCAGCCUAGAAGCACUAAAGUGUUUCCAGCCUUUGCUCUGACAGCCCUGUGUUCUCCUGUCCAAAGGCCCCAGCCUUGCUUUUACACUAAUUCUGGACUUAUCCGGUGCUCUGUUUCACACGCUUAGCUACUGCCAGGAGUGGUAUCCAGGAAGUGAGCUGCAGCUGAGCCAUGCUUUAAAAGCUGCGCUGUAAAAUCAAGCCAUCUUCAACUAGUUUACAACACGAUUAAAGAAGAAAGAACAAAUGCUCUUUUAACAUAACGUCUUUUCUGUUCAAGAUGUUAUGUAGAGGACACAUGGAAACAGGGUCAUUUCCGAGCGCCGGUGCAGCAGUGAUGGAGAGUCUGUUUGCUGUGUGUUCCUCAGUGUUUCUGUGUCUGAAGGAACAGAGUGUGCUGAGUGAGCCAGGAACACAGUGCUCCUCACUCACUCUCUCUUUUUAUACUCUCUCUCCUCCUGUUAUCACUCUCUCACUGCUCAGUUUCAGGUCAGAUGCAAUAUGUAGUUUUUUAACACCAAACCAGAAAAGUUUCCUCCCUAAAUCCCAACCUUAACCACUACAAAACAAUCUACAAAACAUAUACUGCUACCAUACUGUCCGAGUCCUGGCUCUUCUCUUGUACUUUCUCGGUGACCUUUGACAUUAGAGAUGGAGAGAGGAGGAUGGAGGAAGAGAAAAAGGAGAAGAGGAAUGUGCAGGGUGGAGUAGUAAUGGCGCUUCAGUGCUGUACAUAUCUGUCUCCACUCCUCACAGUGAGUCACAGGGACCUGUUCAGCUGCCCUGACAUUUUUUUCUCACUAGUUCUUGGAAAAGGAAUUUGAUUUGUUUUCUUCCUUGCUCACAACUUCUGUCAUGAUUUUAUUUAUUCUUUGUUUUUCUCUUGGCAUUAAUGUAUCCAGCCACCAUGAAUUCCACAACAAAGUUUGUUUCUCUGUUUCCACAAAACACCAAACAUAAAGGAACAGGGCAGUAAAUCAGAAGAAAACCACUAACUUGAAUCAUGUUCCUUCCCUGUUUCCACUGACAUGCCAACAGCUGCCCAGGCUGAUGAGAUGGCUAGCAGGCUACAUAGUUUUUAGUCUCAGUCUGUUUUUACUCUUGCACUUUACUCAUCUAACGUAUGUUUAAAUUUUUUUAAUUUAAAUAUCACCCACUUUGAAAAAGGUUGUUUGACUUAUUCAUUUUAUAUUUCACCUUUCAGCUGUUCUCCUGCAUCUAUGUAACAAAACUUUUUUCUAAUUAACAGAAGUGAAAGAACCGGAAGACAGAGUUUCUGAAUGACCUACGGGCACACCGUAUUUCGUUUCUUACUUUUAAUAGUUCCUUUUAUCUAUUCAUUUCUGAGUAGCGCACGUUGCAUUUGUGAGCACUGGAAUUCACACUGGGACAGGAGACAGAACUUGUUUUGCUUGCCAACACAACACACAUUUUUCAGUUUCAAAUGCAUUGCCGCAGAAGCAGUGCACCAAAAGAAAAGAUUUUUUUUUUCUUUAAGUUCCCUCAUCCCCACCUUGUUCUCUCUUCCUUCUCUUUCUCCCACCCUUCUUUCUCCCUCUUUGUCAUCUCUCUGGGCGGAUUCCCAGCUGACCAUGUUUGUCAUGGUAACAGGCAACGAGGCAACAGGCCCAGCCACUUGCACUUCCUGACUGAGUGGAAAUGCCUGACAGAGGUGCGCCUGCGCACUAUUUGCUUGCUUGUGUGUGUGUGUGAGAGAGCGAGAGAGAGCACACAGACAGGGCCAGGGAGCACGAAGCUGUCAGCCUGGAUUAGGUUCAAGCACACUGCAAUGCUGCCUACUGCUACUGGGCUUCACUUUAUGAUAUUGUAGACUCUCACCCCAGUGGAGGCUCAGAAUGCUAAUAUGAUGACAGCUUGCGGGCCAAUGUCAUGGCAACAAAGCUACAAUCUGAUAUAUGUUGGGUAAAGGAGCAAAGCGGAAGCUAGACGAGGAUGAAGAGGGAGUGGAAGGCAAAACGCUGGCGAUGGCAGAUGGCCUCUCCAAGGUCUCAUACACUCUGCAGAGGCAGACCAUCUUUAAUAUCUCACUGAUGAAGCUGUACAGUCAGCGAGCGCUGACCGAGCCGAGCCUGGAAAAGCGUGUACUGAUCAACAACAUGUUGCGACGCAUUCAGGAAGAGCUGAAGCAGGAGGGCAGCCUGCGACCGCUCUUUUUCCCUCCCUCGCCUCCUCCAGACCACCCAAUGGAUGAGGGAUUCCGGGAAGCGCAGCCUGCUUUUGGUGUGCUCUCUGUGGUGGCUCCACCCCCUGUGCUAUCCCAGCAGCCCCCAGUCCCACCUCCGUCCCUGGCUUUAGCAAACCCCACGCCGCUGGAUGCUUGCCUCACCCCAGCUUCUCUGCUGGAAGAGGACAGCGCUGUGUUUUGCACUUCUCCCUCUUCACUCCAUACUUCUCCAUCCAGACCCCGCCCCCCCAUGGCCACUGACAGCUUCUCCUCGGCCCUGGAUGAAAUCGAGGAACUGUGUCCAUCAUCUACAGCAGCAGGGUCUAUCACUACCUCCUCACUUACCGUGCCCCUUCCCAUGCCCCUUCAGCCCUCCACAGCCUCAGACUCUAAAAACUGCACCAAAUCCUGCAGCUCAAAGCCAGAGGGGCUGAGCCCAUUAGCUGUGGAGCGGUUAACAACAGGUACAGCAGCUACUGACCCCAGAGGGAUGGACACUCUCCCUUCAAGUGGUUUGGACAUGAGCACUUUGCCAUCAUCCUCCUCUUCCUCAGGCUUCCUCACUGAUCUGGCCCUGGACGAUAUUCUCUUUGCCGACAUCGACACCUCCAUGUAUGAUUUUGACCCAUGCACCUCGGCAGCAGGGGCCUCCCCAUCUAAAUUAUCGCCUGUGGCUGAUGACCUCAUCAAAACUUUAACCCCGAACCAGCCUUUUAAAAUGGACCUCACUGAGCUGGACCACAUCAUGGAGGUGCUGGUAGGAUCAUGACCACAUUUGGCUGGGAAUGCAAAAAUAACUUUUUUUAGAUGCAAAUUUUAAUAACUCUUAAAUGCCUAUCUCUGUGGGUGUUUUGUACAGUUUUUAUUUUUUAAGGCAAGGCAAUUGUUAAAAUGAGUCAUGAUGUCACCCAGUACUACUUUUCAACACUGUGCAUGCACUGUGCUUGCCUUUCCAAAUACGAACAUGAAGGAACACACUUGACUUCUGUCAGAUUCAAGUGCCUUCAUCAAAAAUGACCACUUAAAUUCCUGUCUUUUUUUUCUAUAGUCUGUAUUUGAUUUCUCUAAUAAGCAGAGAAGGAGUAGCAGCUCUUUUUCCCCUUCUAAACAUACAGGUGCAAGAAUGUGCUUAACCAAGUCUAUUUUCGUAAUCCUCUCAUUUUCAUAAAGCACAACAAAUUUAAAAGAGGAACUUGGAUUAUGUGCUUCUUUGUGUUAUUCUGCAUAUGUUAAUGUUAUAAAGAAAUAUUUAAGUGACUUUGCUUUAAAUUUAAUCUUGUGAAAUAACUUUUAUUCUUUAGUAUGAAAUGGACAUGCUUUACCCCAAGUGAUGUGCUUUACAUGAGCUUGAUAUGAGAUUCACCUUUAAGCAUAUUUCAGAUGAUCUGCAAUGGUGAACUGGUUCAGGCAAUAAGUGCAAACUGUGUGUUUCUUCUAACAUGACAAGGAGUUUUCUGGAAAAAAAAAGUCAAGGUUAAGUUCCUUUAUGCGAUGCAAAUGCCCAUUAAAUGCAACUGCCGACUUCUUAUUUUUCAGGUUUGCAAACAUUAUUUUUUACAUUUAUAUUAUUUUUUAAAUGUAAUUUCCUGUAAAAAUAUGACACUAUCUUAUAGUAAGGGCCUGUAUGUGCCUGAUAAUGCAGUUUCAUUCAUUUCAUAAUUUAUGUCAUAAGCAGCUUAAAAUUAACAGUGAUUACUUUUUUUUUUUCAAUCAGAAACAAAUCUUUUUCACUUCUAACAGUGGCAUCAGGUUUGCUUGUUUUAUUACGUGAACAUUUUCUCCACUUUGUCUUUCCCAGCGGUACAUUAUUCAUAUUGCAUGCAGGAAUGCAUCAUAACUGUACAAAAGCAAGCUGUAGGCUUUUAAGCAAGUGGGUUUUAUUUAACCUUAUCCAUAGCGUUGGUUGUGUUUUGCCAAUAAUCACCGUGUCCUGUCUUGGCUCAUUGUUAUCUCUCUUGAUGGUUUUGGACCAGUAGAAAUGGUCAGAAUGACUGGGGAUAUUUUUAAAUAUUGACUGGGGAGAUUUUAAAUGAAAAACAUGCAUAAGUGAGGCUUGUCAGUGUUAAUGUUCAAAGUACCAGAGGAGAUUUUCUUUCUUAUUUAUAUUUCUGAACGUUCGCAUUACCAGUCUUGAUUUCAUGGUUAAAAGUCCUGUGUAUGCAACGAUAGGCAACAUAUGCCUUUAGGUCUGAAACCCACUGCAAACAACUUAAUGCAAUCAAACUGGAUGUUGGGGAUUUAGACUUUGUGUUUUCGGUUCAUUUCUGACUAAUCACAUCAUGCAUGUGCAAAGGGACCAUUUGUCAUAUCAGCUGCUUAGUGUUAUAGACCUGUUUACCGGAGAGUGCUGUUAAUCAGUGAUGUCUUUGAAACAAAUAUCAUUUCCUGUCACAGAUUUCAAAAGAAUCUUGGAUUUUUAGCAUAGAUUUACAUAGGCAUUAUCAGACAGUGAACUGUAAAACUGGUUCUUUACUAGUAUGACCAUUUUAGAUAUGGGAUACAAAAUUUCAAUUUGCAGAGAAGCCUUCAGUGGGAGUAACGGAUCACAUCCUAUAGUGCUCUAGAGAUUAUAUAAGAAUAUGAAAAGAUGACGAUCAGGAGUAUAUAAAGCCAAGCAGGCAAUACUAUUCAUUUAUAAUUAGAAUUACUGAUUAUUUUAAGUUGUUUGGAUUUGGAGUGAUUUUUGUUUUAAAUUAUUUAUUUUUCAUUUCUUGUGUAAAUAUAUUUAUUUUGAUGUGAAUCUACCAUCUGGAUUGUAAUAUGUACAGAAUGUAUGGUAGGAAUGUACUCUGCUUAUAGGAAUGUAUUAUACAAUGAACUGGGUUGGAAGCCAUCUUUUUUGUUUUGUUUUGAAACCGUAUUAUUAUUGUUUCUGUUUAGUUUCCUAUAUUAUAAUUUUGGGGUGCUGUUUGUGGCAGUGUUUAGGUCUACACUCCCAACCCCUGUUUAAAUAUUAAGUAUUUAAUGUCUAUCUACUUCAUAGUGUGCAAGGGAAAGAAUUGUGAAGCAAUACUUUAUUCUCUUCAAAAACUUCUGAGGUUCAGACUCCAAAGCUUAUUUUUAGGAAAGUCUAUCUAUAACCCUCAAUGCCAAAACAUAUGAAGAGCAGAAAUGAGUGCUUUGUGAUGCCGGUUACUGUUAGAAUGACAUGGUGUCACCCUGUCUUCAGCCUAUACCCCAGACCACCUGUUUGGGGAAAUAUAACGAAUACAGUGGUUUUCAAGAGAGACCACCAGAAGCUGAUAGAGGUUGUUUAUGUGUUUGUUGGGGGGUGGGGUGGGGGUGGGAGGGUUGGGGUCCCAUUUCUGCUCAGUAAGAGAGGCUGUAUUUUUCACAGACCUUGGGAGCUGUGCCUUUUCUAUGCAAUUACCAACAUAUUCAUUUUGAGGAAAACCCACCCACCAACUGAUGAUCACUGUAUUUAAAACAAGGUGUGGACUGUAGAAUAUAUAUAAAAUAUGGACAGGUGUCUAUGAAUUUGAAACAGUCUUACUUUUGUAGUUUUAUAUUAUACAAUAAACUAUUCAAAUUAAAAUGAA